UAAUCAUAAACAUGAGUAAAAUAAAUCGAAAAUCGUUUUCAACACCUUCAGCAGCGAAGAAGCCCAAAUUUAGAGAUGAAGAUGAGGAGAAACCUAGCUCAUUUGAGGCAGAACUAGCCACUAUGGAUCUUGCAGAUGAAGAUUUUUUAGAUGAAACACUGUUAAUAGGAGAAGGACCUGAACAAGAAAAUACAUCUGUGAAAUGGAGUAGGGCUCCUCCACCACCUUUGAAUCCAAAAAUUGAUACACUGGCAUUUCAACAAAUCGAAAUUGAUCAUUAUAUAGGUAAAUCUCUUUCUGGAAUGCCAGGUAGUAAAGUAGGACCUGUACCGAUAAUGAGAAUGUUUGGCGUUACGGAAAAAGGAAAUUCUGUCUGUUGUUAUGUCCAUGGCUUUUGUCCCUAUCUGUUUGUAUCAGCACCAUCAAAUUUUACGAACAAUCAUUGCAGGCUAUUUAAAGAAGCUCUUAAUCAAGCUGUAAAGAAGGAUAUGAAGUCAAAUCCAGAUAACAUACAAGAUGCUAUCCUAGCAGUCGAAUUAGUCUACAAACAAUCGAUGUAUGGAUAUGGAGGAAAUGAUAAGUUGCCAUUUUUAAAAAUUACAGUAGCAGUCCCAAAAUUGAUAGCACCUUGUAAAAGAUUAUUAGAACAAGACACAGUGUAUACUGCAUUUAAUCACCACUAUAGAGCAUUUGAAAGUAACAUCGAUUUUGAUAUCAGGUUCAUGGUUGAUACAUCAGUAGUUGGCUGUUCUUGGAUUGAAUUACCACCAGGAAGCUGGAAAUUACGUGGUCGGCAUGGACACAUGUUAGAAUUAACUACAAGAUGUCAAUUGGAAGUGGAUGUUGCAUGGGAUGGUUUUAUAGCUCAUGCACCAGAAGGAGAAUGGUCAAAAAUAGCUCCAUUCAGAAUUCUCAGUUUCGAUAUCGAAUGCGCUGGACGCGAAGGUAUCUUUCCGGAAGCAAAACAUGAUCCUGUGAUACAAAUUGCUAACAUGGUCAUAAGACAGGGCGAGUCAGAACCGUUUUUAAGAAAUAUUUUCACUCUCGAUACUUGCGCGCCUAUCGUUGGUUGCCAAGUUCUGAGUUUUGAAAAAGAAAACUUAAUGUUAGAGAAAUGGGCUGAUUUCGUGCGACAAUUAGAUCCUGACAUUUUUACGGGAUAUAACAUAAACAAUUUUGACUUUCCAUAUUUAAUUAAUCGCGCGCAACAUCUCAAUGUUAAAAACUUUAAUUUCCUCGGUCGAAUAAAAAAUAUAAAAUCUGUAAUCAAGGAUCAUGUACUGCAAAGUAAACAGCUGGGUCGCCGUGAGAACAAAUCAAUUAAUUUUGAAGGAAGAGUCCCAUUCGAUUUAUUGCUAGUAUUGGUCCGAGAUUAUAAACUGAGAUCUUAUACUCUAAAUGCUGUAUCAUAUCAUUUUCUUCAAGAACAAAAAGAAGAUGUUCAGCACAAGGAUAUUACAGGAUUACAAAACGGAAAUGCACAGACACGUCGACGUCUCGCUGUAUACUGUUUGAAGGAUGCAUACUUACCACUUAGAUUAUUAGACAAAUUAAUGUGUAUUAUUAUCUAUAUGGAAAUGGCAAGAGUUACAGGAGUAUCCAUUUCUAGCUUAUUGACUCGUGGGCAACAAAUAAAAGUUGUUUCUCAACUCUUACGUAAGACUAGGGAAAAGGAUUACUUGAUGCCAGUACAUCAGGGUCAUGGUACCGACGAACAAUUCGAAGGAGCGACUGUCAUUGAACCUAAGCGUGGCUACUACAAUGAUCCGAUAGCUACUUUAGAUUUCAGUUCUUUAUAUCCUAGCAUUAUUAUGGCACACAACUUAUGUUACACAACAUUAUUAACCGUUGCUAAAAAGAAGGAACUCAAUAUUCAAGAGGACCAAAUUACCACAACUCCUAGUAAAUCGUUAUUUAUUAAGAAUGCAAUGAGGAAAGGAAUUCUUCCGGAGAUUUUGGAAAACCUAUUGGCGGCUAGAAAAAAAGCAAAAGCAGAGUUAAAGGAAGAAACGGAUCCUUUGAAGCAAAAAGUACUCGAUGGCAGGCAAUACGCCUUGAAAGUGUCGGCGAAUUCCGUAUAUGGAUUCACAGGUGCGCAGAUGGGAAAAUUACCAUGCUUGGAAAUAUCUGCUAGCGUUACAGCUUAUGGACGUACUAUGAUAGAGCAAACAAAGCAAGAAGUGGAGGAUCACUUUCGAAUGGAAAAUGGAUAUAAAAACGACGCAGUAGUCAUAUAUGGUGACACUGAUUCCGUCAUGGUUAAGUUUGGCGUGAAAGAUAUAGAAGAUGCAAUGAAACUCGGUAAAGAAGCGGCUGAUUACGUGACAUCUAAAUUCAUCAAGCCUAUAAAGCUGGAGUUUGAGAAAGUGUAUUUUCCGUAUCUUUUAAUCAACAAAAAACGUUAUGCUGGUCUGUAUUUUACGAAACCUGAUAAAUAUGAUAAAAUGGAUUGUAAAGGUCUCGAAACGGUGCGCCGAGAUAAUUGUCCAUUGGUAGCGAAUAUGAUGAAUACUUGUUUGCAAAUAUUGCUUAUUGAAAGGAAUCCACAUGCUGCUGUGGAUUAUGCCAAACAAGUCAUUAGCGAUCUUCUGUGUAAUCGUAUCGAUCUAUCUCAAUUAGUCAUCACGAAGGAACUGACAAAGACAGAUUAUGCGGCGAAACAAGCGCACGUUGAACUGGCGACGAAGAUGAAGAAACGAGAUGCUGGAAAUGCACCGAAACUCGGUGACCGAGUGGCAUACGUGUUCACAAGCGCAGCUAAAGGCACACCGGCAUACCAAAAGGCAGAAGAUCCCGUAUACGCACUGCAUAAUAGUAUCCCGAUAGAUACGAACUAUUAUCUGGAGAAUCAAUUGGCGAAACCUCUUGUACGUAUCUUUGAACCUAUCCUCGGCGACAAGGCUGAGUCGCUUCUCCUGAAAGGAGAUCAUACGCGUACAAGAUGCAUCGCUACCUCGCAAGUUGGAGCGCUUGCGGCUUUCACACGUAAAAAAGAGACAUGUUUAGGCUGUAAGGCUGUUUUACCACCAGACAGAGAAGGCAAGGCAGUAUGUAAGCAUUGUGAACCUCAAGAGGCUGAACUGUUUCACAACGAGUUGCAGGCUCAACAUAAACUAGAAGAAAAGUUUUCUAGAUUGUGGGCGGAAUGCCAAAGAUGUCAAGGGAGUCUCCAUCAAGAAGUUAUAUGCUCUAACCGUGACUGCCCGAUAUUUUACAUGAGGGUGAAAUCUCGACUAGACAUGGAUGCGAAAAUCAAACGAAUUAAAAGGUUUGGCGCAGUGGAAUGGUAGUGAAAAGAGCGAUCACAUGUUGUAUAGUGCAUUCGACAACCAGUCCAUGGCUUGGUCAAGCCCUUCGCCUUUUGUCGCGGAAGUUUUAAAUAUUUGGAAGGUUC